ACAUUUCUAAAGGCCUGUGUCCAUGAUGCUAGAUAAGAAUAUUAUACGUCAAUGGGUGUGCGCACGAGAACGCCUUGACAGCAUGGUGUACACAUUUCAUCGGCGAAUAUACUGAAAUUGAAAAUUACGUGAUACAUUUAAUUGUACAAACAUGUCGAGCAUCACGAUAUCAGCCAUAAGACCGCGUACCAGUAUCCUCGACAAAUCCCUGAGCAAGGGUAAGGGCGAGGUUAGCUUGAGCUGCUUUGCCCUCUUGUUUUCCGAGCUGGUGCAAUAUUGUCAGAACAGAGUCUACACCGUUCCGGAGCUGCAGAACAAAUUGGCAGAGAUCGGAGCGGAAGUCGGGCACAGGAUAACAGAUCUGCUGGUCAUGCGAGAGAAGGGCGGCAAGCGCGAGAUAAAGCUGCUCAACGUGCUGCUGUUCGUCAAGAGCACGGUGUGGAAGUCCCUGUUCGGUCGAGAGGCCGACAAGCUCGAGCACGCCAACGACGACGAGCGCACUUAUUACAUUAUCGAGAAGGAGUCCCUGGUGAACAAAUUUGUGUCGGUGCCCAAAGACAAGGGGAGCCUCAACUGCGCGUCCUUCGUCGCCGGCAUCGUCGAGGCGGUCCUUUGCGACUGUGGCUUUCCCGCUAAGGUAACGGCACACUGGCACAAAGGGACCACGUACAUGGUUAAAUUCGACGACGCCGUUGUCGCACGCGACAAGCAACUGGAGGAUCGGUAAUAGAAGGUGAAUAAAAGUGUUACUGCGCUCUUUCCGUAAAGAGAAAACAUGUAACACCUGUACGCAGAGUUUAAUUGAUUUUUGUGAUAAAUUCAUCAAUUUAUUAUCGUGUUGAACUCAUAUUUAUAUGUAUUUUGUAUUUAUCGCUCUUGAUUGAACUUUCAUGGCAACACACAGCUCGUUUUUCUUUGCCAAUCUUAUUUCUUCUGAUGACAUAGAGUAAGUUUAACAUAAAUAUAUAUAUAUAUGUAUAUAUACACACAUACGCAUUGUUUGUUAUAAUAGUUUAUUUCGCUGUACAAUCUAGUUAUACAGAUACAACUGCCUGUAUCCUAUUAAAAUAACUGUCUAACAGAA